UGAGGGACGCAGCAACGCGUGGCGUUUCCAUGCUGGGUUUUACAUUGCGGGUGGUGCAGAGGCGUUGGGAGUUCUUUUAGUCUGGGAAAGGGACGACAUGUACAACCGAGAGCUUGUUUGGGGUCGUGGCAUUUAUCAUCAUAUAUACGCCUUGUGAAUCCAUCGAUUCUUCCCAAGCCUGCGGCUCGUCGGCAGGUACUUCUUGAGGUGACAUCCAGACGGAACGGCCAUGACUGACCCGACACGUCGAGUACGAAUAGACAAGUUUGGGAGGUCUGCUUUACUGAUUUGCAUUACUUGUCCCGGGUUUGCGUGCACGGGCUUUCUGCCGAUGACAUCACUGCAGAGUCGAAGCGCUUCGUCGGGCAGCAGCACGGGACGCAGCUUCAUCAGCCCCCUACUUAGCGAUGAGCAACAUUCCAAUCACAGUAUUGCUGACAUGCGGAGCCUCGACGGCACACGCCGCACGCACGCACAUGGCGGAACAAAGGAGACGGCCUGUGUAACUGACGUCUGGGCGCCAAAAGUCUUGGCGUGCGUAAUUGGGUCCGUCCAGCGGGGGAGGGGACAACAACACGGACCAUUGCGGACAACGGCGAUGAUCAGCAGGGCGUGUUGCCUUUUGUGUCUCGUGCAAAAGGACCGGUACGAAGUAAAAAGGUUACGACGACGAGAAUCGAUGAAUGAGAUUGUGCUUGGUAUUUAAUUAAGCAGAAGCCUUUCUCCAAGACACGUCUUCGUUCUAAUCUGUGCUUUCUCGUAAACCACGAAGCUGGUGGUGCCUGACUCUAUUUCAUAUCAGCUGCCCCUGCCCCUCCCGACAUCGAACGAGCUCCCUGCAUAUCGGACCUGCUGGCUGGACCCCCC